CAGCAAGGGGGCGGGAAUCAGGUCGUUUCCGCUUUGAAGCUCAUGUCUGUUUACGAAUCUAUUCAACAGGGUCUGCAGUCAAAAGGACUCUACCAAGUACCUUAAAUCAUGAAGCAGCUGCCUCCAGAUACGGUCCGGCUGUUGUCCAGCUCCCAGGUCAUCACCUCUCUGGUGAACGUCGUGAAAGAACUGAUGGAAAAUUCCCUGGAUGCCGAGGCUUCGAGCAUCGACGUUAAACUGGAGAACUACGGUUUGGACCGGAUAGAAGUGCGUGAUAACGGCCUCGGAAUCAAAGCCGACGACACUCCCGUGAUGGCCGUGACGCACUUCACUUCAAAGAUCUGUAGCAACGAGGACCUGGAGCGACUGGAGACGUACGGCUUCAGAGGGGAGGCGCUGGGCUCCGUCUGUUCCGUGGCCGAGGUGUCUGUCAUCACGAAGACGGAGGAGGAUGACGUCAGCACCCAGUACACGCUUAACUUCAGUGGGGAGAUCGUCUCCCAGAAGCCGUCUCACUUGGGUCAAGGCACAACAGUGAGCGUACUGAAGCUGUUCAAGAACAUUCCAGUGAGACGUCAAUACUACUCCUCCACCAAGAAGUGCAAGGAGGAACUGAAGAAAAUACAGGACCUGCUGGUGGCCUACGCCAUUAUAAAACCGGGCUUGAGGCUCACACUAAUUCACAAUAGGGUGGUGGUCUGGCAGAAGGCCACGGUGGCCGAUCACAGAAGUGCCCUCCUCGCUACGCUGGGAGCCGGCGCCGUCGCCAACCUGCUGCCUUGCCACCAUCACCAAGAGCAACCGGAGAUUCUUUUAGAAGGCUUUUUUCCGAAGCCCGGAGCGGAUUACUCUUCUACGAGCUCUUCCAGCGCCGACAAGACAUUCAUAUUCGUCAACAACCGGCCCGUCCACCAAAAAGACAUAAUGAAGUUGCUACGUCAACACUACAGCGCUCAGUAUCCGGACACCCCGACCCGGAACCGCUAUCCCACCGCCAUGCUUAAGAUCACGGUUCCACCAUCCUCAGUCGACGUCAACCUGACACCUGACAAGACCCAGGUUCUUCUUCACGACAAGGAGGCUGUGCUGACCGCAUUAGAUGCGUUACUGGUUUCUCUCUACGGCUAUCGGCACAACGGUGACCCCCCGGCCGAGAAGCAGCUCGGCCGCGAGACGUCCCCCUCGCCCCCGACUGCCCGCCGAGCCGACGCCUCACGACCAGACGGCGAACAAAGCGGCGAGCGGGUCGGCCGGACCUCAAACGGCAGCUCUUCGUCCUCCGUAGCGGAGGACUGGAUUGUCGACCAGUUCCCAGCUGGGCUUGAGACCGACGUCUCUGUCUGUGAUGAUGAGAUGGCUCGGAGCUGCACUCGGGCAGCAGGAAUGGGUUCAGCAGAGAGACUCGGGGGCGACGCCGCCGCGUCGGGGGACAACUCGAGCAAGAUAUCGGCUGAAGACUGGAGCCGGGGGACGGCUCUGACCGACCCCGUAUCGGGAGAACCCCUGCAGCCCGUCCAGAUCCACCAGCCCUCGAAGGACGUCCGCUCCGACUGUGAUGAGAUCAAGAGUCGGAGCGGCUCCGACAAAAAGGUGUUCAACGCCAUAACGGAGAAGCGGGCCGCUCUGACGGCCUACGACCUGAUCAGCAAUCGCGCCAUGAGGGUGCCGCUGUCGCCCGCCGCCCUGUUCGAGAAGGAGGCCCGAGUGGAGGUCCUCAGGGAGAAACCGACAGCCAGCCUGCAGGAUAUCAGCGACACCGUGCACGAGAGGUGGAAAAAUCUGAGGGUGGAAGAACGUAGGAAGUAUGAGGAGAAGGCGAGAAGACACCUGGAGCACCACGACCAGAGGACCAAGUCGGCCUCGGCCGAAGGCCCCGGAGAGACGAGCGCGAGCACCCCGAGGGGCCACGCGCAGGGCCAGAAACGCAAGGCCCCGCUGUCCAACCAGCAGCUGCUGGACGAGCUCUUCUCCGCGCAGCCCCAAAAGAAGACGAGGAACCCCGCGCCGAAGCCCUCGCGGCUCCUCCCCUGCAGCGUCGCUGCCCUCCGGCUGCGGCUGCGGCGCCUUUCAUCCCAGAGCGCCGGGGUGCCGCGGGGCCCACGUCUUGUAAACCGGCUGGCCUCUCGGAGCGCCUGGGUCAUUUUAUGCGGUCAGAGGCUCAUGUUGUUAAACCCGUUUCGAGUGGAGGAGGCCUUGCUGUUUAAGAGACUCCUGGAGAACAAUAUACUUCCAGCAGUGAGUCUCCAGAACCCCAUACAGUUAACAGAUGGAAGUCUGGGGGGGGCUGGAUACACUGAGGCUUUGUGCAACAUGGAGAAGCGAAGCCCCGAGCUGGACGGGGGGGCCCUCUUCUCCGAUCCCCGGCUCGUGGCUAACGGCUUUAAAAUCAAACUCACUCCAGGCCUCACGUCAGCCGAGAGACAUCUGGAAGUCACGGCGAUGGCAGACUGCGUGCCUUUCCUCGGUGUGGAGGACCUCAGGGAGAUCCUGACAGCAGUUCUUCACAGGAAGGCCCGGACCGUGCAGGAGUGCCGGCCACUUAAAGUCACAAACUACCUGCAAGGGGAAGCAGUACGACUUGCCCGUCAGUUACCUACAAAUCCAUCCAGGGAAGAUGUGGAGGAAACCCUUCUACGGAUGGAUCAGCAGCUCGCUGAGAGCAACCAAACCUGCAUCCACGGACGACCUUUUCUCCAACACCUGUCUGACGUCCCUUCUACGGACCAGGAAGCUAAAGCUCUGCUGAGGCCGUUAGAGCUGUGAGAAGAAGAAGAAGAAGAAGACUCAAAUCAAAAACAUACCCGCAGUCACAGAUGAUUAUUCUCAACGUUAGCUAACUGAGUUGUUUUCAUUCUGCUGAAAUGAUGUCAAACACAAAAAUAAAAGUAUUUUUCAUGCAUCAA